UGUUUAAUACGGAAAUAUACGUGGAUUUUCGAACAAUAAUAAAACUUUUUCCCGGCACACAAUACUACUAACUUGGUACGUCUUCUCAGGUGAAUGUGUAGUCAUGUAAACGUUGCUUAUGCAUACAAAACACACUCCUAUACGAAGAAUAUUCCCCACUCUAAAAUAGUUAGUUAUGCUGUCAAGCUGUCAACACAUGGUGCUUGGGCGGUGAUGUCCCCGAAGGAUUAUAACACAUAGCAACCUUUUAUUAACACUCAUGAUCAAAGUCGCCAUGUAUGUGUCAACCUGAGGUUUGAAUAUAUUUUUGGAAGAAGCAGCCAAACGCUGGUACAAGUGACUGUUACUGGAUGUCGGUGUCAGAGUUUUGGCGCGCCUGUACGUAACUGGGAGGACUAGGAAUCACCAUCAGUGGUGUGAGGAAAGGUACCUGAUGAGUCAGAUGUGAUCAUGACAACUGGGAAUUGAAUACUGGUGAACAAAGAAGAACCAAAGCAUAUUUUUGGAUGGCGCAUGUUUUCCAAAUCUCUGGCAUCAAGGUCCGUGAUAAGAAGAGAGUUUUGGUCCAGACAAUCCAGCAGCUGGGUGGAAAGUACAUAGGUGGCUCAGUCUAUCAGCAUGUCAUCACCCAUCUCAUAAUCCCUCAAGUUCUGUCCAGUGAGAAGUUUUUGGCAGCCUGUGCUGCAGGAAAGUGGGUGGUGACUCCAGAAUAUGUGCUGGACAGUUUUAAGAAUGGCUCCUGGCUCCCAGAAGGAUCCUAUGAAGUUGCCAUUUCCACAGGUGCCACGCCUUCUUUCUACCCUGUCAGGCAGUGGAGGGAGAAGGUGGCCAGUGGGAGGUUAGCAGGGGCCUUCCAGGGCUGGAGGGUUCUCCUCAUGGUCCACGAGCCCACCCGUAGGGCCAUGUUCAAACGGCUCCUAAAAGCAGGCAGGGCCAAAGUAUAUCGCUACCCUCUUCCUUCUCAUGCCUCUCUCACUCAUGUCAUGGCUAAACCUGUCACAGAAAACUCAAAAUCCCACAAUGCACCUUGCUACCCUGUAAGCCACAUUGUCCAGCACCUCUUUGGGAACAAUUGUGAGGACAUGUUCAACAUAAGGGAUGAUCAUCCUACAGAGAAGAAGAAGUGCAGUUUUGUUGAUGUGGACUUCUCUGAACUGCAGACAGAGCUCACGGACUAUGUCAUCAAACAGGAGGGCCGAACGAGACUGCGCUUCCCUGAAUUUCUGGGUUACCAUGACCCGUACCGUCCACAGUCCCAGGCUACAGAAACAGACUUCACCAAUGUUGGUAGUAUGAUAGACUGUGGUCUCUUCAUUGAAGCCUUGGACUCAAUCAGGAGUGCUGUAUUCCCUGGCCUGCUGCCACCAGCGCCAUACCUGGUCUCUCUCUUAGAAUACGCACAGCAGGGUAACGCCACGUCUGUCUUCUUGAGACAUUUCCAGCAGGUUAUGUAUAGCCUGCUAAUUACCAACCCUCCCUGGCUGGCCCCAGUAAAAAAAUAUUUCACCCAGGUGUUGCAGUGUCCUCGUUGUAAAACAGGCUUGUGGCCUUUUCUGGAGACAGCCAUCAGAUACUGCCUGUCCAGUGAGGUCACUUGUCACCCGCUCCCUGGACCUGCCCUGCCAACACUGUUACAUUUCCAUAGUGACCUCCUGGCAUUUUUCCUCAAGCUCUUCCAGGGGGAACUUCACUCUCUCACCACUGGGGAUUGUGUGCUGGCUGAGGGAGCGGGAGGCUCUCAGGCUUCAGCAUCAGGAUCUUUGCUGUAUGGAACCUUCUGGACUGUGUGGGAGCGCUCCACGCUGUUGUCCCGAGCUGUGAAACAACUAACCCAGCUCUUGGUGCAGGCUGUCAUUGAGGACUACACAGAGAGGGAUGAGAAGAAGUCACUGCACUUGGCAGACACCCUUCUGGACCUCCUCUCUGUGUUAGUGGAGUUCUGGUGUCAGCAGCACUUCAGACUGAACCAGAACCUGGUGGGAAAGGGCCUAAAGGACCUAGCAGAGCACUUUGCUGUUAUCAGCCAGGAUGUGUCUCCAGUGGUCCUGGCAGAGUUGGUUGUCAGGAUUCGUUCUACCAGACUUAAGUUGGUGAUAGCGGAUGCCAUAUUUCGGAGUCUUUGCUGCAGAAAUGGAUUCACAGUUGGAGAUGAAACCCUCUCUCUCAAGAAAAUGGUGCUGUACUACCUGCCUGCUCUGGGAAGUUUAGCACAAAGUCCCACCGGUGCUUGCCUCAGGACCAGAUCCACCUCCCACAGCUGCACCAGCCAGGGGACCGGCUGCAGUGCUCAGAGCUCUUUGGUGAAUGAAACAAGCUCAGAGAAAGAGAACAUCCCCAGAGGUUUGCACAGAGUCAACGCAGCAGGAGAGACCCUCCUCCACAGAGCUUGCAAGAGGAACCAAGUGGAAACAGUGCUUCAGAUCCUGGCGCUUCCUGGCACGGACGUCAACGUUAAAGACCAUGCAGGCUGGACGCCCCUGCAUGAAGCAUGCAACCAUGGCAGCACUGCGUGUGUGGAGGCUUUGCUAUGUCACUGCCCCGCCCCCACACUCAAUAACCAGGUGGGUGGAGUCAGCCCACUGCAUGACGCCGUGCUAAACGGACACAUGGACAUCGCCAAAAUGCUGCUGGAGCAUGCAGGCUCGGUUCUCCUGCAGCAGACUGAUGGAGGUGGGCGGACUCCACUGGAUCUGGUCUUGGCCACAAAUCUGAGAGAGCAGCUCCUCCAAAGUGCACAGGUUGGAGACUCAGUCGUGAGAAACACCUCGACUCAGGUCUUGAACCUGCCCCUCCUGGAGGCUGGAUCCUCUCUGCUGGCUCACCUCAUCUUCUCCUACCAGCAAGAGAGGGGGCUGCCCAGCCACACGCAGCCCAGCGACAAGCCCCGCAGCCUGGGCUACAUGCUGGUCAGGGCCUUGGAGACACACUCCCACAAAAAGGUGACUUUGGGCUGGACAGACCAGCGCACUGUGAGGCUGGUGGAAGAUGCAGAGACACUGCUGGAGCUCAGCAGAGGAAGGUUCCUGGGGCAGGUGUCUCAGGCAGUGAAAGAGUGCAAAGGAGAGAAUACCAUGUUCCUAAUGGAGAUACUGGAGGAUCUUAAGUCUCAGGGGAGCAGGCACUAGUAGCUGAUAGUUUACACAAGAUCAAUGGACAACGAACUGACAAAGCUUAAAACUUGAAUGUGCGACAAGUGAUUGAAAUGCUAACAAAAGAGCACCUGUGUCAGUUAUAUGCAGCUGUUUAUUUCAUGAUGAAGCAAUUUGCCAAGGCCUUAAAAUAUAUUUUAUGUUAGUGUAUGCCUCCAAAAUAUUGAAGCCUUGUGCCAUUUUCCCAUUCAAGUAAAUGGGUAAGCAUGUGUUUUUGAAGUUACCUGUAUGUUCAUUUCUACAGAACCAUUUUCUACUAUAUUUGGAUAUAUUUCACUACAUUGUUUUAUAUUUCUCAAACUGAAAAAUAUUACUGAAAAAUUGAAAUAUUUAUGUUGAAUUGUCUGUUGGAUAUUUUUGCUACCUCAAGUUCUUGUUUUCUACAACUACUUUGUUCAAAAAUCUUAUUUUUUCACUAAUAUUUAUCACCAAAUAAAUGAAGAAAA